AUGUCGAACAAACCGGUCUUUAUGGCCACGCAUCCGCGGGCAUGUUCUACCGCAUUCGAGCGAGUCUUCAUGACUCGCCGCAAAAGUUUGGCAACGAUCCACGAGCCAUUCGGCGAUGCCUAUUACUUUGGGCCCGAACGAAUGGGCGCUCGCUUUGAGAACGACGAGAAAUCGCGAGAGGAGAGCGGGUUUGCCGAUUCCACGUACAACUCCGUCUUGGACCGUAUUGAGGGCGAGGCUGCUCAGGGCAAGCGCGUCUUCAUCAAAGACAUCACCUACUACCUUGUGCCGCCCGAGAAGCAGCAAGCCCAUCUCGCCCCGUCUCUGCACCAGCUGCACAAGCGCGGCGUCGGCACAGACAGCAACAUCAGCAGCAGCGAAGGCAGCAACGCCGCCGCAGUCCUCGGUGGGUACCGCACGAGCUCCCCGACGCCAACGGAACCAGACAACCCGACCGUCGUGCCGCGCGACAUCCUCGAGCGCUUCCACUUCACCUUCCUCAUCCGCCACCCGCGCUACGCCAUCCCCAGCUACUACCGCUGCUGCAUUCCGCCCCUCGUCGAGCGCACCCACUUCUCCCCCUUCAUGCCGUGUGAGGCCGGGUAUGACGAACUACGCACGCUCUUUGAUUACUGCAAGGGUACGGGGCUCGUGGGCCCUGCGGUGUGCGGACAGGGCGAGGGGGCGGCGAAGGCUGCGCCGGGCGAGGUGGAGAUUUGCGUGGUUGAUGCUGAUGAUCUGCUCGAUGAUCCCGAGGGCAUUCUGAGGCAGUAUUGCGACAGCAUCGGGCUCGACUUCACCAAGCAGAUGCUCGAGUGGGAUUCGGAGGAGGCGCAUGAGUUUGCCAAGGAGCAGUUUGAGAAGUGGGAUGGGUUCCACGACGACGCGAUCUACUCGAAGGAUCUGAAGCCGAGGAAGCAUAAACGUCAGCCCAAAUCGGACGAGGAGCUGUACAGCGAAUGGGUGGAGAAGUAUGGACAGGAGGCCGCCGACACGAUCAAGCAGACGGUCGAGGACAACGUCGAGACCUACGAGUACUUGAAGCAGUUUGCCAUCAAGUUGUGAGAGGCUCGUUGAGCGAAGAAUGCGAGCGAAGGAGUUGGUUACGAUGUGAUUUGGCAGGAACAAAGGAGAGACUAUAUUGGAUGUCUCUUUUCACGACCGAGAUGAUGAUCUGGCUAUGAGAACUCGUGCGCAGCGUCCAUUACUCAUUUUAAAUAGUUCAUUCCAAGGCAAGGUGAUUCACCAUCCAUGCACAGAGCACGCAAUUCCAUCGCUGUACGACAGAAACCCGCCCUGGUCGGUAGACCUUCCGUGACGCCUGGAAAGGUACUCGACUUUCGACUUGCGACACGCAGGCACACCGUACAUCAUCGAUCCUAUUCCGCCUGGUUUGGUAUGUUCGGCUCAUAGGUCAGAGGGAAAUAGUUGAUCCCGUCCGGUCUCCUGUACUCAAGCUCUGAACCGGCUGGUUAGUAGUCAAGUGGGAGACCAUUGGCACUUCGCGGAGUUGAAAGCGGCGUUGCGGAGUAGGCGGAGUGAGA